UCUAAAAUUCGGACCAAAUAUGCGGCUCAUUGAGCUCGUGGUGGCGUCGCUCGCGGCCGUGGCUCUGGUGCUCGUCGUGAACUGUUCCGCGUUGCACAUGUACCCGGAAAUAUUCGAUACCAAGUCACAGUUCCUCCAGGCACGCGCGUUGCCUGCGAAGGGUGGUGACAGUGCGCCGAGUGCCCUCGCGGAUGGACCACAGUUCCGCAGUGGUUCGAAAGACGAUGAGGUGGGCUAUGUGCGCUCGAGCAGCGAAUCCGGCAAAGGUGGCUAUCUGCACCGAGAGAACUUCCACCGGAAAGAUGGCAACAAAUAUGGCAACGAAAAGCAGACCGGCUUCGGUGAGUCGAAGCGUGCGAAGGACUCGAACGGCACCCCUCAGGUAGGUGAACUUAAGGACGCCAUAAUCAUCGAUACGGACCAUCACCGACCGGAACCGACGUACGAAGUUACCGAAGAACAGAGCGAUGUCGAGAAUCCGGAUAAGGACAAGAAGUAUGGCGUCGCUCGUCCAAUCGCGGGCGGUGGAGACAAGCGGAAGACGCCCCAGGGGAAGAAGGCGAAGCCGGCGGCCCGACCGAAGGCUGGCCGCAGCAAUCAACAGAACAACCACAAUGGCUACGAAUCGAUCGUUUACCACGAGAAGGAGCACGACAGCAUGGAGAAGGGCUACGGCAAGCGGAAGGCGUCCGGCAGGAUGCCGGCCAAGCAGAUCGCCUACGAUUACCUGGGCGAGGUGGACGACGAGCAGCGGUUGCUGGACGAUGGGGAGGGCGGCCGAGAUGAUUCGGACUUUGGCGAUAACUACGAAAUGGUGCGAUUUGAUGCGGACUUCGAACGGUCGUACGGUGACGAGGGGGAAGACGAGCAGGAAGGGGACGAGAAGGCGGCCGCGGGAAGGAGCGAUGGGCCGGACCAGCGGCAGGAUGGCCGCCACGAGGACUACGACUACGAUGAGGAGGUGGACCGGGAGCAGGUGGAUGAGUCGGCGAGCGAGGACAAGUACCGCGGUGAUGACGAGUCCGGCGAGGAGAGCGACGACGACGGGGACGAGCGGCAGUACGAGUACGCGAGUGAGGCGGACGGUGAUGCCCAGGAUUACUGAGCCUCCCGGUCUAGAGUCUAGAGUAGUGGCAGCUUAGCUUUAAAUCCGUUUUCUGGAACCUUCCCCCGUUCUGGAGGUCAAGGUGCCGAAG